AUGUCCAAUUCAAUUGAUAAGAUUACAUCUAUAUUUGAAGACAUAUCUAUAAAGUACGAGGAACCUUCUGAUGAAGGCUUUAAGUUGAUAUCAAAGUCUGAGACGUCGUUGUCCCCUAUAGAUGAUAAAACUAUUAGAUUACUAGGCUUAAUUGACUCCUAUGAGAGAUUAACUAAUGAGAACAGAUUGAACUACAUAAAUGGAUUCCUUAAUUUGAGUCGAGCAAAUUACAAUAAUGGUUCCCUAAGCAAAAAAUAUGGGGCUGAUUCCUUUGACUUCAGGCCAUAUGGGGCUUGCAAGAAAAUAAAAGUUAGUGAUAAGUUUGAAUUGGUAGAUCUAUUGAAAGAGCAGAAAACUAGGAAUGAAAAACCAAAAGUAGACAAUAUAAACGAAGAAGAUGCUGCUCAAUCGACGUUGAAGAAUAGAAAAACCAACGAAAUUGAGACAGAAAAAGAAUCUGACGAUAUAAAUGAAAUAGAAUCCCAAGAACCUAAAUUGAAAGAUCCUAUUACUCAAUUUGGUGGAUUGGUUCCGUAUCAGCUAAGGCAAUCACAAAACUUUUUCGGUAAUAGUUUGGCUAUCUCUAUAAAGAUUAUAAAUCUACAACGGGCGAUAAAAGAAUUAAUCGAAGAUAUUGAAGAAAUAUCUAAAUAA